CUUCUUCAUCCGGGUGCUGCGGCGCGAAUAAGAGCCGGACCGCGCUUGCGCGUUCAGUCCCACUCCUUCGACCUCUGCCGCAGCCGGUGCCGCCGCCACCUCCCGGGAAGAGAGGAAGCGGGAGAGGAGCCCACGUCGCCUGUCACCCAGUUAUCUCCAGCCGCGCGGUCUCGAAGAGUGUAAGAUGUUCGCCUGCGCCAAGCUCGCCUGCACCCCCUCUCUGAUCCGAGCUGGAUCCAGAGUUGCAUACAGACCAAUUUCUGCAUCAGUGUUAUCUCGACCAGAGGCUAGUAGGACUGGAGAGGGCUCUACGGUAUUUAAUGGGGCCCAGAAUGGUGUGUCUCAGCUAAUCCAAAGGGAGUUUCAGACCAGUGCAAUCAGCAGAGACAUUGAUACUGCUGCCAAAUUUAUUGGUGCAGGUGCCGCAACAGUAGGAGUGGCUGGUUCUGGUGCUGGUAUUGGAACAGUCUUUGGCAGCCUUAUCAUUGGUUAUGCCAGAAACCCUUCGCUGAAGCAGCAGCUGUUCUCAUAUGCUAUCCUGGGAUUUGCCUUGUCUGAAGCUAUGGGUCUCUUUUGUUUGAUGGUUGCUUUCUUGAUUUUAUUUGCCAUGUAACAAAUUACUGCUUGACAUGUUGGCAUUCAUAUUAAUUACGGAUGUAAUUCUGUGUAUCUUACUGUGACUCCGAAAACUGUAGUAUUGGUGUCAUGGAAAUGUACGUUAUUUCCAAAGUCAUUUCAUUAAAGAUGAAAACUUUAAUUUCU